AUGUCCCCUACAGUUGCACAGAUUCUAACGCCUUUGGAGGACAACCCGGCGCUGGUGGAACGGAUAGCCUCGCGAACGGUCAAGCCGCCCAUUACCAUCAUUGAGCCCAACCCAGAAUGGCCGCGGCGGUUCGAAGACGUCAAGGAGCGGAUUCAAAAAGCGCUUGGGGGUUUGAUCGUGGACAUCGCCCAUGCCGGCUCCACCAGUGUCCCCGGCCUACCCGCCAAAGACAUCAUUGAUGUCGAUCUGACACUGAAAGAUGUGACGGAUGAAGCAUCGUAUGUGCCGCCUCUGGAAGACGCCGGAUUCCGCUUCCUCUUGCGCGAGCCGCAAUGGCACCAACACCGCUUCUUUGUGGAGGAUUGGCCCAAAGCCUACCACGUUAACCUGCACGUCUGGGGUCCCGACUCGCCCGAAGCUGCUCGACAUCGGAUCUUUCGCGACUGGCUGCUCAAAUCGCCAGCGGAUCGAGAACUGUAUGCCAACGUGAAACGCGAGGCGGCUGCACAGACGGUCAUGGCUGGAGAUUCGAUGGUGGAGUAUACCCAACGCAAAGACCAGACGAUCCGUGAGAUCCUCGAAAGGGCAUUCCGUGAUUUGGGCUAUAUUGAAUGA